GUAAACGAUACGAAUGCGAAUGCCCUCUCGCAAUCUAUCCUCAACUUGCAGAUGUUGUGGACAUUUAAGGCCAUGGUGAUCGAUAUUUGAUCAUUUACACCUGCAUUAGAACGAGAAUGCGGUUGUCCGGGUACUUCUUUUGGCCAUUCAAAGUUCUUGAUUAGACCAUGAAUGUGCCUGUGGCUUCGAAAUCCGAUUUUAGUCACCGGACAAAGUGACAGGCUUACAGUUCUGAUUGACCAAACAAUCACGAGCAUCAUCCAACGAGACGCCCUUUGCGCGAAACUAAAUCAUUAUGGAGUCACACUUGCAUUAUUUUCCUUCCGUUUUUGCAUUCUUAAUUCCGCUUUUAAUGUUAUUUCCAAGUUUUGGAGACGCUUCCUACUCUUAAUACUGCUCAUAUAAAUUUCGUGGUGUGGGUGUGAUGUCUCACUAAAAGAUGAUUCACAUAUUCCCACAUGCCCUUAUCUAACAAGGCGCAAUACGAAAAACGAUGACUAGUUCCUCUUGAGAUUCUACUGCGUGACUGACUAUAAAGCGAACAUGCCCUUCACGAAUACGUCUUUGAUUUCGGUACCCAUUCCUGCCCUUUAUAGUCGCAGGAAUCUCCCCAUUCGAAUACUUUUCGAGUUCAAAUCACCAACUUCCCCGCAUUCGCCACAAGUACAUAGACCGGCCUUGAGCCGGAUCUAUUGAGAGUUUUAAUCUCCUACCUAUCACUCAAAUUACGCACCAUGCCUUUCAACGAGUUCCAGCGUCGGGACUCCUGGCCUCCAACCAUCAUUCAUAUCCGCGAGAACAACGCAGACAUUGAUGCGAUCGAUGAUGACCCAUUUUCCUAUUUCCUCACAUCGCCAGACGAGAUCACAGAUGACGAUAUUGAUGACUUCUCUGCCGGUAUCAUGUCUGAUGAUGAAGGAAAAUCCGAAGUCCGGGAGAUUUCUCCUUCGUCCUUACAGCGGGCGUCAUUGGAGGACGAAGAGGAUAUUUUGUUUGGAUUUUCCAUCCCCCUUAGCUUGAAGGACUUUACAAAAGUGCAUGGAAGUGGAAGAGAAUCACGGGCUGGACACCGAAUGGAUCAACAGCUCAAAGGACUUGGAAUCUCUAUUUCUGAUUUUACAACCAGCCGAGGCCGAGCGAAGGCACGGCUAACACCUCCACAAGGCCGCGGUCGGGGUGAAACACGAAGCGUGCCAUUAAGAAGACCUCACUCAUGGCGCGAGCCCAGUCCUGACCUGAGGUCUAUCAAGGAGGAGGGCGAGGAGGAAGAGGAAGUGAGGGGAAGUGGAGCGAUGCCCUCAAUGGUUUCCAGUCAGGCUGUGGAGAGUCCGAAGCCGAAGAAGAAGGUUCACUGGGCACUUUGAAUUGUGUUAUGUUUUGUUGUGUCCUGAAUCAAUUGCACACCGUAAUUUGCAUUGCUUGGAGUUUGGAUACAGGUAUACCGCAAGGUUGGACUUUCAUUGAGCAUAUACCCGUCUACAACGUAGUCUUUGGACUUUUUUUUUCUUUUUGUAGCAUCGCAUAGCAUCGCAAUAUUUUUAGCCUAAUUUUGCACCCGCAAUAUCGGGGAUUGCAUUAUACCCA